AUGGUGUCCAUAUUCAAAGGAGCAGCACUCGAGCCGCUAUUCACUGGAGUGUUGUUGUGCGCUUUGCCUAGGCUUCCUCCAUCACUCCUUGAGCGCCUUCCGGCCAGCCUUUGCGAUGUUAUUCAAUCGCCCCAAACAGCCAAAGCGCUUACUUUGCUUCUCAUUCUUGGAAUUCUGAAGAGGACCAAUGGUGUCCUAUCACGACUUGCAAUCAACAACUGGACAAGAAGCAAUCGCUGGGAUGGAAGUAAGGAACUCGUUGUAGUCACAGGAGGCGCGAGUGGCAUCGGGGAGAAAGUAACGGCAAACCUGGCCACGAGAGGUGUCAAGGUGAUUAUCCUCGACGUCAAUGCGCCAAAGACACCACUGCCGUCAAAUGUCGCCUUCUUCCAAGUCAACAUCACAUCGUCAGACGCCGUGAGAGAUGUCGCGAACGAAGUUCGCGAGACAUACGGACAUCCCACGAUUCUCGUCAACAAUGCAGGCGUGGGCGAUUUAGGCACGAUCCUGAAUGGGACGGAAGCGAGUGUCCGACGCACCUUCGACGUCAACACCAUCUCCCACUUCGUCCUUGUGAAAGAAUUCCUUCCAGACAUGAUUCGAAAAAAUCACGGUCACAUUGUCACGGUCGCGAGCAUGGCCAGCUUCGUCACGGCCGGCAACAUGAUUUCCUAUGCAUGCUCCAAAGCUAGCGCCCUGGCAUUCCAUGAAGGCCUUGCGCAAGAGUUGAGAUACUGGUACGACGCCCCAAAAGUGCGCACUAGCGUUGUCCAUCCUAGCUGGGUUUCUACGCCAAUGACACAGAAGCUACAAGACGCCGACAAGGGCUUUCGACGAUCGGCUCUUCAGGUUGAAACGGUCUCGGAUGCCAUUGUGAACCAACUUGUCUCUGGCAGCAGUGGGCAGAUCAUCCUCCCAGCUACAUUAUCCGGUGCGGCUCUCGUUAGAGCUAUGCCCUUCUGGAUCCAGGAGGCUGUGCGAGACAGCGUAACGAAAAUGCUAAGAAGGGCAGGAGUUUAG